CCGCCCGCACUCCGGACUUGUGUGGCUCAGUACUGACCCCUCCCCUUCCGGUGAAGCAGAGGUUCCAGUGUCCCGGCUGGGGUGGGAUCUGAGAGUCAGUGUUUCCUUUUAGCUUACAGCACGUCGUACUUUGGAGAAACUUUUGGCUUAGUACUUGGGCUGAGUCUUCUGUGAGAAUAUCAGGACGCACAUAUAACUUUCUGUCAUUUUGCAGACAGUUUCUGAUCGCGCAAGCCUAACUCAAGUAUCUGGCACCAAUUGUGGCCCAGUCACUUAUGGUCCGUGGCCCUUGUGUUAUGCCGAAGAUUUCCAGGCAAUUUUUGUGGAACACCUAUCCAGCUCUAAUCAAGCUCCAUAAAAAUAAGAACUUGCCUGGGCAGACCUGUGAGGACUGUGCUCUGACCACCAAAAGAUCAGUACUGACACCAGAAUGGCAGCUACUCUCAAGCUAUUAAAACCUUUAAAAUAUCAAACAUUUUGCAGCUCUUUUGUCUACAGUACAACCCAAAGUGUUGCAUAUUGGAAUAUGGGAAAGAGCAGAUGGAUUGGAGGACAGGACCCUCUUGAGCACAGUAGCUCCAGCCAUCCUGCCAGAAACGUUAAGAACUUCAGUACCAUCUUUGCUCAGAGAGUCAUCACAAGCAGCAGUGCCCUUGGGGAUUUGGAAUUCAGCAAAGCUUCUUCUGCUAAGUCCAGCACAUUGCUUCCAGGUUCACUCAGUGCUGUCAGUGUCAAUGAAGAGGAUGUAGAAGUGUUUGAUUCCUUUGCAGGUACCCGAGUUUUCUUACAGCUAAGGCCAGAGUACCAGCUUCACAGCUAUAACAGAUGUGAAACUUGUCAGACUCUGUCUGUUUCAGAAGGUAAACUAAUUUUGCACAAAGUCACAGUUUAUCAAAAUAAUCUCCAGCCUGAAGUUAUUUCUGAUUAUUUCUGUAAACUGAGCUCUUUGCCUUCAGAGCAGCAUCCAGUUUUACUGUCCAGUGCCAGCUUUGCUUUGCUCUGCCAACUGAGUGUGAAAAACAUACAGCUUUUUCAUGUCCCAGAUCUGAUUAGGAUUUUGAAAGCCUUUGUUGAUUUAGGAAUCCCUUCCUCCCAUCCAAUGCUGCAUGUGUAUGAAAGCAGAUUUUGCCAUCAGGUGUGGGAGAUGAGUCGGGAUCAGCUUCUCUUGGUGGCUGAUCUUUGGCGGAACUUAGGCCACAAAGUGCCACGAUUUUUAAAAAUUUUUUUUAGUUAUCUUAAUUUGCACUGGAAAGAUCUAUCUUUGUCUCAACUGAUUCACUUGAUUUAUAUUAUAGGCGAAAGUCGUCAGGUACCACAGGAUCUAAUGCAAAAACUAGAGUCACUAAUCCUCAAGUAUAUAGAUUCGAUCAAUUUGGAGGAAGUUGGUACAAUCUGUUUGGGGUUCUUUAAGUCAAGUAGCAGUCUCUCUGAAUUUGUCAUGCGGAAAAUUGGUGAUGUGGCUUGUGCUGACAUGCAGCAUUUGAGUAAUCAUGCCUUAGUCCACAUUCUUAAAAUGUUCCGUUUCACUCAUGUGGAUCAUGUAAAUUUCAUGAAACAGUUUGGAGAGAUUGCUCCUCAGCGAAUUCCUUCCCUGGGGGUUCAGGGUGUCAUGCACCUGACUCUUACCUGCUCAGCCUUACGCUUCUUGGAUGAAAGAGUAAUGAAUGCAGUAGCUGCCUCUUUGCCUCCUAGAGUAGCUCACUGUCGAAGUAAAGAUGUCGCCAAAAUUCUGUGGUCAUUUGGAACUCUCAAUUAUAAGCCACCCAACACAGAAGAAUUUUAUUCCAGCCUGAUAAAUGAGAUUCACAGAAAGAUGCCUGAAUUCAACCAGUACCCUGAACACCUGCUGACCUGCCUGCUAGGCUUGGCGUUUUCUGAGUACUUUCCAACUGAGCUCAUCAAUGUUGCACUGAGUCCUGGGUUUGUCAGAUUGGCUCAGGAGAGAAGUAAGUUUGAACUCAGUAAGGAACUGUAUACUCUUGAUGGUACAGUUGACAUUGAGUGUCCAGAUUACAGAGGCAAUCGUCUUAGCUCUCACCUUCAGCAAGAGGUAUCUACAAGGCUGUGGAAUUUAGCAAGGAAAGAUAUGACUUCAAAGCCUGAAUUCCUGGAAGCUCUUUAUUUACUUGAGACCAUGUUGGGUGGCCCCCAGUACAUCAAGCAUCAUAUGAUUUUGCCUCAUACCCGAUCUUCUGACUUAGAGGUACAGCUUGAUGCCAACAUGAAGCCAUUACCAUUUAACAGUGAAGUAACACCUACUGAAGAUGUAGCUAAAUUAAGGCUUAAGAAUGUGGGAGUCAGCCUUACAGAUGAUUUGAUGAAUCAGUUGCUGAAAGGGAAAGCAAGAAGGUAUUUCCAGGGGAAAAUUGAGUCAGAGACUGGCCAGCUGUCCAUUGAAUUAGGAAAGAACGCAGCCACACUUCUGGAUGGUUCCCCUUGCAAUGUGACAGAUAGAUUAGGGAAUAUAUCGAUGGCUGGCCUGUGUACUGUAGACCAUGGGCAAGCCCCAGUGGUUAAGCUAGCUAUUCAGUUGACAAACAAGAACCAAUAUUGCUAUGGUUCCAGGGAUCUGCUCGGACUGCACAGUAUGAAGAGGCGGCAGCUGGUUAGGGUUGGGUACCACGUGGUAGAGUUAUUCCACUGGGAAUGGCUCCCACUACUGAAGCGAACUCGGUUAGAGAAGCUGGCAUACCUUCAUGAGAAGGUGUUCACCCCUGUUUUCUGAAGGGCCUUCCUAGGCACUUGUACUCAUAAAAGCUGUAGGUGUACCUCAUGCCAUCUACAGGCUGAGCAUCCCUAAUUAGAAAAAUCAAACUCAGGGAUUGAAGAUAGUUUAAUGGUUAAGGCGCUUGCCUGCAAAGCACCUGCAAAGUUCAAAUCUCCAGGUUCCAUGUAGCCAGCUGCACAAUA